UCGUUUCUGCGCAGAUAGAGGGGUGAGCUUGUCAACCUGCUAGCACACACAAGGAAGACAACAUGAGCCAAGCAAGCUCAUGGUGCAGUGUCAUAGGAGAUAUUUUCAAGAAUAUUUAACUGACUUUAACUUUAAACGUUUCUUCCUUCUGCUCUCUAGGCGUCUCUUCAGAUAUUUAACGCGAAAAGUCAUGGCUGUGGAAAAGUUUGUGUGCAAGACACUGGAGCUCCUACAGGACGAGCGGGAGGCUGAAAUAGAGGAGACCAGAAUAUGGCAGGAGAACGUUUCUCUAAAGGAUCUUCAGAAUAAAGGAGUUUGCCUCCUGAAACUGCAGAUAGGAAGUCAGUCCACAGGCCUUUACGGCCGCACAGUUGUCACCCUAGAGCCAAGAAAGCAUCUCGGUUUCUCAUCUCUGCCAAGCAACAGCUUUGGACCAGGUGAUAUAGUUGGCUUGUAUGACACCUCUGGAUGCACUGCAGCCUCACUAAUCAAUACAGGGAUUGUGACCAGGGUCACCCAAGGGUCUAUAAAUGUGGCUUUUGAUGAGUUAAAGGAUGGGCUCAGUUUGGAUACAGAUGGUCUUUACAACCUCUUGAAGUUAGCAAACGAUGUCACCUACAAACGCAUGAAACGGGCUUUGAACGCAUUGAAUGGAUACAGCAAUGGACCGGCUGCCAACGUGAUCAGUGUUGUCUUUGGAGACUCACAACCUUCUUCUCCAUCACAACAAAACGAGAUUAAAUUCUUCAACUCAAACUUGGACGAUUCCCAACGAGAAGCUGUGUCAUUUGCUCUGUCACAGAGAGAACUAGCUGUGAUUCAUGGACCUCCAGGCACCGGGAAAACCACCACUGUGGUGGAGAUCAUCCUGCAAGCUGUCAAACAAGGUCAAAAGGUCCUGUGCUGUGCCCCCUCAAACGUGGCUGUGGAUAAUUUGGUGGAGAGGUUGGCCCGGUGCAAGGCAAAGGUCCUGAGGCUGGGUCACCCUGCCAGACUGCUGGAGUCCAUCCAGAAACAUUCACUGGACGCCAUCCUUGCUCAGAGUGACAACGCAAACAUCAUCGCUGACAUCCGUAAAGACAUCGAUAAAGUUUUUAUGGGAAGGAAGAAGACGCAGGAAAAGGGAGAGCGAGUGAACUUCAAACGAGAAAUAGGGGAGCUGAGAAAGGAGCUGAAAGUCAGGGAAACAACAGCCAUCACCCAGAUCCUUAAAAGUGCAGAUGUUGUGUUAUCAACCAACACAGGUGCUUGUGAUGACGGUCCUUUGAAGUUCUUGCCGGCUGAGCAUUUUGAUUGGGUGGUGAUAGAUGAGUGUGCCCAGGCCCUGGAGAGCAGCUGCUGGAUUGCCCUGCUCAAAGCACGCAAGUGCAUUCUGGCCGGAGACUACAAGCAGUUACCACCUACCAUCAAAUCACAAGCGGCUGCAUCAAAAGGUUUGGCUUUGAGUCUCAUGGAAAGAGUGAUCCAGAUGUAUGGAGACUCUGUGGUGCGUAUGCUAACUGUUCAGUACCGCAUGCACAGCGCUAUCAUGGACUGGGCCUCCAAAGAGAUGUACCAAGGAAGACUUACCGCUCACAGCUCGGUGGAGAAACAUCUGUUAAAAGAUCUAGCAGGAGUCACCUCUGUGGAAGAGACCAGCGUGCCGCUUCUUCUUAUCGACACGGCGGGGUGUGGUCUGAGUGAAAUGGAGGUCACAGAUGAGCAGUCCAAAGGCAACCAAGGUGAGGUAGAUAUUGUUGAACUGCACAUAAAAGCUCUGACUGAAGCUGGGGUCAAAGCUAAAGACAUAGCUGUUAUUGCUCCGUACAAUCUACAAGUUGAUCUCUUACGCCAGAAACUUUCCUCCAGGCAUCCAGAGCUGGAGAUAAAGUCAGUGGAUGGAUUUCAGGGCAGAGAAAAAGAAGCUGUCGUGCUGUCAUUGGUUCGGUCCAAUAGAAAAGGUGAGGUUGGUUUUCUGGCAGAGGACAGAAGAAUAAAUGUUGCCGUCACGCGCGCCAGACGCCACAUCGCUGUAGUGUGCGACACGCAGACGGUCCAGAAUCACGCUUUCCUGAAAUCCCUGAUCAACCACAUGACCGAGUUUGGUGAGGUCAGAACGGCGUUCGAAUACAUUCAAGACGUCGUGCCACAGAAUUACACCCGCGACCACAAAGAUGCAAAGAACACAUCUGCCAGCUCCUCCGCUACUUCGAGCAAACAGAAGGCGAGAGAUCAGCCUUCGAGUAAGGCAAAGCAAGGACAAAAGAAAUCCACUGGCAGUAAGGACAAAAGUUCAGAGAAGCACACAAAGUCCUGCACAACAGCACUGACAGAGCAAGAGAAGAACAACAGAUAUGCUGAGAUCAAAGCGCAGGUGGAGAGCUUUAUGAAGGACCUAAAUCGACGUGAUCUCCAGUUUCCUUCAUCCUUCAACUCUCACGACCGCCUGCUGGUCCAUCAGAUCGCAGAGGAGCUGGGUCUCGUACAUGAAAGCAAAGGGGAGGGGAGCGACAGGUGCAUCACAGUCUCCAGGCCCCUGAAGUCAGCACCAGCUGAGGAGCCAACACAAGAAGAAGAAAAAGAAAAAACAGUAGAAGAAGAAGCAGUGGAAGAGGAAACUGUCGCAACUCCUCAAAUCAAGCCAUCGUCCCAGCCUUCGUUAGACCUGAAAAGUUUACAUUUGGAGAGAAUGAAGAGGGAGCAGCAGAAAAGGGAAGAAAGUGCCGUCAAGAAAAAGCAACAGAACAACAUUCAUCAAGCUCAGGGACAAACUUCAAAGAAGGCCAAAGGGAAGACCAAGACGAAGGCAGGCGCCUGUGACAUCGCUGCUGCCGCUGCUGCAGAUGACGACUUUGACUCACUCAUCAGCGCCGUCAUGAAGGCUGAGAGUGUUUGCAGUUUCGUCAAGUGUAAAGCGUCUGUGCUGACACUCGGACAGCUUUGCAUGUUCUGCAACAGGCAGUACUGUCUCAGUCAUCACAUACCAGAGGUUCACGGCUGUGGAGAUAAAGCCAAGGGUCACGCCCGGAUGAGAAUCAGCAAAGAGGGCGUUCUUUAUGCUGGAAGUGGGACGAAAGACAAAUCCAUGGACCCCAAUAAGAAGGCCUACCUGCAAAGAAAGCUGGACUCUAAACUGAAAGAUAUGGCUACACAGAGGAAGACAAAAACCAAGGAGAAGGAUGGUUAAUGUCACCAAGUCAGCUGCUCUAUAGUUUAACAAAUCUUUGAUUACACUAAAUAAAAAAAUCAAAUGUUUGAUCGUAUAAAA